UCCCAUCUUAGAACCAAGUUGCUGUAGCCUAUACGCUAUACAUUCAAGGAAUCAACCAUCCCAACUCUCUCUCUCUCUCUCUCUCAUGGCUCAAACAACUCCAAACCACACACAAACUGUUUCUGGCUGGGCAGCCCAUGAUUCCUCUGGCAAGAUCACCCCUUACACCUUCAAAAGAAGAGAAAAUGGCAUCAACGAUGUGACCAUCGAUAUCUUGUACUGUGGUAUAUGCCAUACUGAUCUUCACCACGUUCGCAACGAUUGGGGCAUCACCAUGUACCCUGUUGUCCCCGGGCAUGAAAUAACAGGGUUGAUAAGCAAGGUGGGAAGCAAUGUGAGCAAGUUCAAGAUAGGGGACAGGGUGGGCGUGGGAUGCUUGGCGGCGUCGUGUUUGGAAUGCGAGUUCUGCAAGGACUCGCAGGAGAACUACUGUGACCAGAUUCAGUUUACAUACAAUGGCAUUUUCUGGGAUGGUAGCAUCACCUAUGGUGGCUACUCCAAAAUGCUCGUUGCAGAUCAGAGAUAUGUGGUGCAUGUGCCAGAAAACCUACCAAUGGAUGCAGCAGCACCAUUGUUGUGUGCUGGUGUAACUGUGUUCUGCCCAUUGAAGGACAACAACAUGCUUGAGCUUGACUCCCCUCCCAAAAAGCUCGGAGUGAUCGGACUCGGAGGUCUCGGCCAUGUCGCUGUCAAAUUCGGCAAGGCCUUUGGUCACCAUGUCACUGUCAUCAGCACCUCCCCAUCUAAAGAAGACGAGGCUAAACACCGGUUGGGUGCAGACGAUUUCAUUGUCAGCACUGAUCUUGCUCAAAUGCAGGCAAAGAAGAGGUCACUAGAUCUGAUUUUGGACACAGUAGCAGCAAAGCACUCACUUGGGUCUUACUUAGAACUGCUUAAAGUGAAUGGAACAUUGGUGAUUGUGGGUGCACCAGACAAGCCCAUUGACCUUCCUUCUUUCCCUUUGAUUUUUGGGAAGCGAGUAGUGAAGGGUAGCAUGACAGGGAGUAUGAAAGAGACUCAAGAGAUGAUGGAUGUGUGCGGGAAGUACAACAUUAAAUGUGACAUUGAAAAGACUACGCCAAACAAGAUCAAUGAAGCUCUUGAUCGGCUUUCAAAGAAUGAUGUCAAGUACCGUUUCGUCAUUGACAUUGCUAGUGCUGACAAAUUAUCAAAUCUUUAAACUAGAGCUUUUCAUAGCUAUAAGGUGUUUUGGACUUAAAACUGGUUAACACUUUUAAUAAUUCUUGUGUGGUUUUACUUCUUUGAACAAAUGUAUUUGACUCAUAAAUUUUAUCAACAAUAAUUUAACUCAAA